GGGGAGAAGUGAGCCAGGACUCUGGCUGAAGGCGCCGACUCCAGAGGUACCAUGAAGGUGGCCCUGCUGAUCGUGGUGCUGGUCCACAUGGUGGCCCGAGGGAGCAGCAUGUCCACGUGCAAGACUCUGGACUUGGAGAUGGUGAAGAAGAAGCGCAUCGAGGCCAUCAGGAGUCAGAUCCUCAGCAAGCUGCGCAUGCCCAAGGAGCCCGCGGAGGACCAGGCCGGAGACGAGGAGGAGAUCCCGUCCACCCUGCUCUCGCUCUACAACAGCACCAAGGAGAUGCUGAAGGAGCAGCAGGCCCAGGUCCAGAUGGACAUCUCCACGGAGCAGGAGGAGGAGGAGUACUUCGCCAAGGUGCUGCACAAGUUUAACAUGACCAACAAAAACUAUUUAGCGACCACCAAGAACUCAAAAAGCGUCUCCCUGUCCUUCAACAUCUCUGAGAUCCGGGAAAGGGUGGGCGACAGCCGCCUGCUGACCACCGCCGAGCUACGGAUGCUCAUCAAGCAGCCGGCGAUACCUGAUGAGCAGCGGGUGGAGCUGUACCACGGCGUGGGGGCGUCAGCCCGAUACCUGGCCUCCCGCUUUGUCACCAACCAAUGGAAGGACAAGUGGUUGUCCUUUGACGUCACGGAGACCUUGCAGGACUGGAUCAAAGGCGACGAGGACGAGCAGGGGUUUGAACUUCGGCUCUUCUGCGAGUGCGGCCAGACGAGAGCCGACGCCACUUUUAGCUUUUCUAUCUCGGGCAUCGACGGCGAUCGGAGCGACAUCGGAAUGUUGAAGCAGAUGACCCAGCAGCCGCCUUACAUCCUGACCAUGUCCAUCCCGCAGAGCGCCAGCAGUCACCUCACGUCACGCAAGCGACGCGCUACGGAAACACGGGACACCUGCACGGCCCAGACCGAGACCUGCUGCGUGAGGAGCCUGUACAUCGACUUCAGGAAGGAUUUGGGAUGGAAGUGGAUCCACCGGCCAACUGGCUACCACGCCAACUACUGCAUGGGCUCCUGCACCUACAUCUGGAAUGCUGAGAACAAAUACUCUCAGAUUCUGGCCUUGUACAAGCACCACAACCCCGGAGCCUCAGCCCAGCCGUGCUGCGUCCCUCAGACUCUGGAACCGCUUCCCAUUCUUUACUACGUCGGCAGGCAACACAAGGUGGAGCAGCUGUCCAACAUGAUCGUCAAGUCUUGCAAGUGCAGCUAAAGCUGACAGCUACACCUUCAAGACGUGGGAGAAUCCUGCUUCGGGACCACCGAUGGUGAAAUGUAGGAGUGGAAUACGGAGAACAAACUAUUCCUCCUGGAAGUCCCCUCGCCAUGAUGGACUGAAACCAUGGACUUCCUUCUAUUGAUGUCAUUGAUAAUAUUGUAUAUACUUCUUUUUUUUCUACAUUACAUACGUGAUUAAUUUAUUUGUUGGACGGACACACGUGUCACAUCAGGACCAAAGUGACAUCUUUGGAUAGAUUUUAAAAAAAAAAAAUGAUGUUGCUCCAGAGGGUCACGGAAGCUGCAUGGCUCGGAAAACAGCUGUUGUUCUGGUUUUCCCAGGGGACAUUGCCACAGGUGUGUUUGCAGACACCAUAAAGGACGGUUACGCAGUGGAAACUCCCUCUUAACAAAGGCAAGGUUUUACUUUUUUUUUUUUUUGAGCCGUGUAAAGUGUUUUAAUAAUGUUUGUUGUCAUGAUUGAAUUUUAGCUUAUUCAAAUGAAGCUUUCCAGACUGCCCCCUCUCCCCAUUAAUGCCACCAUAGUCACUUUUUUUGCAUUACGUUUCAGAUUUGUAUGAGGAUCUUGUUUUUUUUUUUGUACCGUUCACUUCUUGCAGAGUCAUGUGUUUUAGGAACAAAGCGACAUUGUGUAACAUGUUUGCCAGUGCACUUCAUGUGUGAAUGUUGUAAAUAGAAACACAGUAAAUAAAAAGUGAUGUUACAUGGUUAUGUCAACAUACUUCUGUCAGGGG